GAGAGAGAGAGAGGCAGUUACACGACGCUCUCCUUCCAUGUGCACGCUCUGAGGAGAAAUCUCCGGGCCACGCGUUCUUCGGACUCGCGUGUCUGGAGUAGUAUUUCGGCAAACGGGGUAAACUAUCGGCGGUGCAUUAUGUGACCCCGCAAGUGCGACGUGACAAAGUGACGUGUCUCGCGCGGGGUAACGGUAUCGCGAGGGAUCGGCGACCGUCGCCGCUCCCGUCCGCCGCAGCUGGUUCGGUCCGAUACGCGAUAAUCCACCGUCGGCACCGUCGGCGGAUAGUGCAACGUGGACGCAUUUGUGUCAUGAAAUACACGCGCGUCCUCAUCGUUCGCACGUGCGUGCUCAGACGAAGCAAAGCGCGCACGGCAUUAAGUUUUAACUCGGUGCGAGUCGUACACGUGUGUGCCCGCCACGCUUCUUUGCCGCCUCGGACAUAACCUCGAAAAGAACGCGUGGCUCGAACCGCUUCUGACAUUUUUGAACGUGUUAAUCGUCUGUCAGUCUCCGAUCGUUAACAAUAAUCAAUUCUCCUUCCAGUGCAUUGUUUGAGUGAUUGAAAUCGCGUGGAGGCAAGUGUUCUAUUUUGACAUAGAACAGUGUCAUGGACCCAGAGUUUGUUGAGUUAGACAAGUAUAUUGACAGUGUGCUAGAGAGAUAAAUAUGAAGAAAAAUACUUGUAUCUUUAUCUUAUAAAAUCUAUUUAUUAACGAAACCUUAGUAAAACCAUGUGUUUUACUUUGAAACAAGAGAAUAUCAGAAUUGUUUUGGAGGGAUAUGGGUCUAUUGGAUCAAGCAGAAGAAGGGCCUACGUUAAUGGAUAUUAUUGAGAAUAUUUCUUCUUCUGAAUUUGAAGAUCUACUUAGAAUUGAAGGGGUAGCUAGGAAUAAUGAUAUGGGGGGGAAAGCAUACGAUACGGUUAUAGAUACGGAUGCCGAUCUCCCUAGUAAUGCGUAUAAAGAGGAUCCUUCGUAUUUGUUAGAAGAUUGGGAAGAACUAAAGUAUAUAACAGCGGCCGAAUUAGAUGAAUCUAUGAAUGUAACUAAUCUCACGUCUGGACAAGAUACGGCGGUAUCAGACAGAGAUACACAUGACAAAGUUAAGGAAGAAUAUAAAGUGACCAAUAGUACCAUAGAUAACAAAAUAAAACUUACCAUCAAAAAAGUAAAAACAAUGGAAGUCACUAAUUCGGUCGCUCCCCUUCCAUUACCUGUGACACAAAAUAUGGAAAAGAAAACCAUUGAAAAAACUCAUGGUAAUGGAAAGGAGAAGAAAAAAAUAUUAAAGCAGGAGGAGCAGGAGGAAUGUGUCGAUAUUGAGACCAUAUCCGACCAUUUACCAGUGUUGCAUGCUCCGGAUGUAACGAGUUUGUUGGAACAAUUUGAGGCUACGGAGGCCUCAAAUUCCAGUUCCUCGAACCAGUCCUCGAACUCCUCUUGCUUAAGGAGCAGUCCACCACAGGACUCCCAUAACAAGUUCACCGUACGGACUUGUAGUUAUGAUAAGAAUGAAGAGGCUUCGGUAACGAAGGAAGUUAUUGACAGGCUGAAGGACACAAGAAACAUCGAUGGUGCUUCGUUGAGCAGCAACGUCCGGUUGGACCAUGAUUACUGCAGUUUUGCUUCUUACCUGACCAGGAAGGACAACAAGACCAAUUCAUCCCGAGUAAGAAGCAAGACGAGUAAGAAGCCCGCCUCUCUGACCUCUAACCAAAACACGCCGCCUGGGAUUCAAGAAAAUUAUAAAAAUUCCAAAAAAGAAAACAUAGAAUCCCAGGCGCACAACGACAAGGAUCAGAGAACCAGGCAGGAAAUUAUUGUGCAGCAGUAUCAUGGGAUAAACCGGACAACAUCAGCUGCGAAGACCGGGGCACCGCUUGUCACUUCGCCCUCGAAGAUCCGGUCGAAGAUGGCGCGGAGUAUCUUGCAGAGAGACCGGAUAAAUCUGCAAAGGGAGCAACUGAUGAGCAGCAUGAGAGCAUCAAUUGCUGCUCAAAUAGUUGUUCCUGGAGUGCAGAUGAUAUCCGUGCUCAAGAAACCACCACCAUCGCGGGACAUCGUGCAAGAUGCUCCGAGCCCAGCCCGGGAGGGAGAAACGAAGAACCCGUCUCGUAAGAAGUUAAACCUGGCGGAAUAUCGCAGUAGGAGGGACCAGAACCGCGAUGGUACCACGAGUUCGUCGGUUCAGCCGACGACUCUGGUAUACAUCAACCACGCGGCCACAACAACACAACCGGCCAUAGACGACCCAAACAAUCCAGUUUGGGUCGAAAAAGAAUUUUCCACCACACUGAGACCAGCAAUAGACGGACAGCAACCAGGACCAAAACCUCCUACUUGCGAUAAGGAAGUGCAGACUUACGAGACGGUCUUCAAUCUUCCGAUGACUUCGGGGGCCAACGUCACCGAAGCCAAAGAGAGCGCAGAGAAGAAACCGGACGAGGAGGAGGGGCAACCCAGGAAACGGAGACGGUCCAGCGGCUCGAGUCAAUCAAGCUCUAAGAGUGAGAGCAAGAGCAGCUAUACGAGCAGUAGGAGCGACUGCCGGAACAGAAGUAGAAGCAGGUCCUGCGAACGAAACGUUCGCAGGCGAACAAGUUUCUACGGUUCCGGUAGUUCGAACAUCAGCUCCUCUUCUGCUGACUCGUAUAAAUCCCGGACAUCAAAGGAUUCGCUCUCACAUCGUAGAGCUGAUCGAUCUCGAUCUAGAUCUCGAUCUAGAUCUCGAUCUUCCUCCCGGCAGUACUCCCGCUCCAGUUCUUCCUCCCGUCCGGAUUACGACAGGUUGUCGAGUCAUCGUAACGACCCGCAGAGUUACGAUAGACAUAGAAGACAACAGAACGAGAGAAGGUCAUCGCCGUAUUCCUAUCGGAGCUCCUACAGCCACUACCAGGGCAACAGGGAACAACAGCGACCUGUAGAGGAGCGCCGGGUAGUGUAUGUAGGAGGGCUACCUGAUAGGAUCACGAAGGAUGACCUUCGCAAGAGGUUCAGAGUCUUUGGGCCGCUCGAAGACAUCAGCAUACAUUUGCGUGAGAACGGAAGUAAUUACGGUUUUGUGACCUUUGUGUCCAAAACUCACGCAAAUAAUGCCGUAGAGCACGGUAAUGAUGACAAAUCAUUACCGAUCUACGACAUUAACUUCGGCGGCCGAAGGGUCUUCUGCAAGUCCAACUAUGCAGAUCUCGAUGACAUGGCUAGUUCACCCAACGCCAGGUCAUCAACAAUGGACCGGUCAUUCGACGCCCUCUUGCAGGAGGCAAAGACCAUCGCCGGACUGCACAAGAGGAGAGUUUGACAUAUGUAUAGUUGGAUAGAUUUAAUAGUCAUAAAUAUAAUUUAAAAAUAAUUAAAAUAAGGUACUACAUAGUACCUGCAUAGUACAAGUACCGAAAUAUAUUUGAAGAAAAAAAAAACUGUGAUUAUAUUAGCAUGGCUACCAACAUGAAAUAAUAUAUUUCGGUAUUGUACUCUUAUUGCAAUAAAUAGCAAAUAUUAUAGAAUUAUAUAAAAUUUUCGAGUAUUUUAUAUUUUGUUCGAAUCUUAACUUUUCAGCUAUAUCAGAUAUUUUUCGAAUAUUUCGGAAAAA